GCGAGACUUCCCCUCCUCGCCCUUUCUUCCAAGAUGGCGGAGCCUCCCGGAGUCGAGGCGGCUUUGGCGCUGCUGGGCCGCGUUUCGCGGAUGGAGGAGCCCUUGGAAGAGCUGCGGGCCUUGAAGGUGGCUCUGCAGGCGCUGCCGCCCGCUGCUCUGCGGGAGAGAGGACCCGAGUUCCCCUUGGCCGGGUUGUUCGCCCUCAUGGGCCGGGGAGAUAGUGAGCAGAUCUCCUUGUGUGUCAUCAUCCUCGAGCGCUUUCUCCAGGUCAUGGAUCCCUUGUAUGUCAUCCAGCACUUUGGGGAAGAACUUCAGAAAGGGCUCUUCCAUCCUGACGAUGAGGUGAAAAUCCUCACAAUCUCUCAGGUUGGAAGGAUCGUUGAAGACCCCGAUGCCGUGCGGGAAAUCCUUAACACACCUGAAUUGCUGAGGCAGGUCAUCUAUUGCAUUGCUGCAGAGAAAAUAGCCGUGGCCAAGGAGGCCAUCAAAUCUCUCACGAAGGUUGCGGAAGCACCCGAAGGCCUGGAAGUUUUGCUUGUGGGGAACUUGCUUGUUGACUUGAAAAAGGUUAUGGCGAAGAGCGACAUCGUCCGCUACCGUGUUUACGAGCUAGUCAUCGGCAUCGCCUCGAUGUCGGCGGAUUCCCUGAACUACUGUGUCAACAGUGGCUUAAUAUCGGAGCUGAUUGCAGAGCUAACAGGGAACGACGUGCUUGUCAGAGCCACCUGCAUCGAGACAGUCACAUCGCUUGCUCACACUCACCACGGACGCCAGUAUCUGGCCCAGCAAGGAGUCAUUGAUAAGAUUUCCAAUAUCAUAAUUGGGGCCGACGCAGAUCCUUUCUCAGGUUUCUACUUGCCAGGCUUUGUGAAAUUCUUUGGCAAUCUUGUGAUAGUGGACAGCCCCCAGCAGAUCUGCGAGAGAUACCCGGCCUUUGUGGAGAAGGUCUUUGGCAUGGCAGAAGGGCAGGACCCGACCCUCUUUGGAGUCGGGGUGGACACCCUCGGGAUCCUGGGCUCCAACCUGGAGGGAAAGCUGGUUCUGCAAAAGAAAGGAAGCAGAUUCCAAAGUGUGCUCAACAGAAUAGGACACCAGGCCAAGAAUGCCCCGACGGAAUUGCGGAUCCGGUGUCUGGAUGCCAUCUCAUCUCUUUUGUACCUGCCGCUGGAUCAGCAGACCGAAGACCUUCUUGGCAUGAUGGAGUCCUGGUUCUCCUCUCUGGCCAGUCAUCCCUUGGAGCUUUUCAGGAGCAUCAGCACACAGCCCUUCCCUGACCUCCAUUGCGGUGCCUUGAGGGUGUUCACCGCCAUUGCUAACCAACCCUGGGCCCAGAGGCUGAUGAUAGCCAGCCCUGGCUUUGUGGAAUACAUAGUGGAUCGCUCUGUGGAGCCCGACAAGCCCUCCAAAGAGGCGAAAUACGAACUGGUGAAGGCCUUAGCCGGUUCAAAGACAGUGGCGGAAAUCUUUGGGAACCAGCAUUACUUAAGGCUCCGGGCAUAUCUACGUGAAGGGCCUUAUUACGUCAAGGCCGUCGCGACCACGGCCGUGGAGGGAGCCGAAUAGCCUUCCGAAGACUCCGGACUGUCUUGGCUCUUCUCAGUGGGGUUUUGCCUUUGUGGGAAUGGAGGGGAAAGAGGGGGGAAAAGAUAACGUCUGAGGAAGGAAUUGGCUUCGGUAGUGUGGCUUUGAAGUGGGAGAUAAAUGGG